AUGGCGCCACAGACAAAGGCAGGCGCAAGCAAAGGCGCAAACAAGCGCUCCACGAGGCCGUCACAAUCAGGCGCCUCUUCCAAACCAAAGAAGUCUGGCCCCAAGCCGGCACCCACGCAGCACAAACCCAAGCCUACCGCGCAAAGCGACAAGAAAAAGAAGCCGCCGCAUAUGCGAUACACCGAGAAGGAACUGAAAGUGCCACAGCUAAAUGGCAUCCGUCCUGCUGGUGUUCAGAAGCCGCCGAAUGCGAAAAAGGGCAAGACCUUCGUCGAUGACAAGGAAAGCAUGAACGCAAUCAUGGCCAUGGUGAUGGCAGAGAAGGAGGGCAACCUGGAAUCCAAAAUGAUGCGCGCCAGGCAAAUGGAGGAGGUGAGGGACGCACGGCGCCUCGAGGCGGAGAAAAAAGCGCAGAGUAAGAAACAAUUGCUGGAGAACAGGAAGGAUGAGCUCAAAAAGGGCAGCAAGAAGCGCCCGAGGUCGGAAAGUGAGGUCGCCGCAAGCCAAGAUGAUCCAAAGAGCGACAUCAAGAAGGCCAAAAAGAAGCGGGUCAGCUUUGGAUGA